AUGUCGGAAAAAAAAAAGAGCAAAAUUUCGAGACUCAAGUGCGUAAAACUUCCGAUAACAACAAUUUCACCGGAGAAAGUAGAAAUGGAGGGGCGGAAAGUGGUGGUUUCAGCUCUUCAGUUUGCUUGCUCCGACGAUAUCGCCACUAACGUCGCCACCGCCGAAAGGCUGGUUAGGUCUGCUCAUGAGAAGGGUGCUAACAUCAUUCUCAUUCAGGAACUGUUUGAGGGAUAUUACUUUUGUCAAGCGCAACGGGAGGACUAUAUUCAACGCGCAAAACCGUAUAAAGAUCAUCCCACGAUUUUGAGGAUGCAGAAACUUGCAAAGGAAUUGGGAGUUGUUAUUCCUGUGAGUUUCUUUGAGGAAGCGAAUAAUGCGCAUUACAAUUCCAUAGCGAUAAUUGAUGCUGACGGGACUGAUCUUGGAUUAUAUAGAAAAUCUCAUAUCCCAGAUGGACCAGGAUACGAAGAAAAGUUCUACUUUAAUCCAGGUGACACUGGUUUCAAGGUGUUCCAAACUAAGUUUGCAAAAAUCGGAGUCGCAAUAUGCUGGGAUCAGUGGUUUCCGGAAGCAGCGAGAGCGAUGGUUCUUCAAGGUGCAGAGAUAUUAUUUUAUCCUACUGCUAUAGGUUCUGAACCUCAAGAUGAAGGUCUUGAUUCACGGGACCAUUGGAAGCGUGUGAUGCAAGGCCAUGCCGGAGCUAAUUUGGUACCUCUUGUAGCAUCGAAUCGCAUAGGUAAGGAGGUCAUCGAGACAGAACAUGGCAAAAGUGCAAUUACAUUCUAUGGCAACUCUUUUAUAGCAGGCCCUACUGGAGAAAUUGUUGAAGUUGCUAAUGACAAAGAUGAAGCAGUUCUUGUAGCACAGUUUGAUCUGGAUCAAAUUAAAUCCAAGAGACAUAGCUGGGGAAUAUUUCGUGAUCGACGGCCAGAUCUAUACAAGGUGCUUUUGACUUUAGAUGGAAGCAUCCGUUCUUGAUUACAAGUUGAGUUUAUCUAUUCAAACCUUUCAAUAACAUGACAUCAUGCUCUGUUUAACCUUACUUGGAACUCAUGAGCAUGAACUCAUUUCAUAAUUAAUAUUUGAAGUAUUUAAGCUUUACAAAUAACAAUCGUUUUAUCAUCUGUCGAAUAUUAGAAUCCCAUUUAGUAAAACAACGCGUCUUGUUAUGGUC